AUGGGGAAACUCAUCCGCUUGGAGCUUUUCAAUUUCAAAUCAUAUAAGGGACAUCAUGUACUCCUCUUGGGCGACUCUUACUUUACCUCGAUCAUUGGGCCCAAUGGCUCCGGUAAAUCGAACUCUAUGGACGCCAUCUCGUUUGUUCUCGGGAUCAAAUCAUCUCAUCUACGGUCUGCUCACUUGCGCGACUUAGUCUUUCGUGACCGCGUAUUGAGAACGUCAAAAAUCAAUAACGACGGGUCUGCAAUUACAAAUGGCGUCAACGGUCAUGCCAAUGGCGAGGUUGGCGGUGGUGAAGAAGAUGAAAUUAACGGAACUCAGGAACGCCAUGAUCCAAAGAGUGCGUGGGUGAUGGCUGUCUAUGAAGAUGACGCAGGGGAUGAACAGUAUUGGAAGCGUUCAAUCACCACUUCAGGAGCUAGCGAAUAUCGUAUCAAUGAUCGCAUUGUCACAGCUCAACAAUAUAAUGAGACGCUGGAAGCCGAGAGCAUUCUGAUCAAAGCGCGCAACUUUCUGGUCUUUCAAGGAGAUGUGGAAGCCAUUGCAUCGCAGUCGCCGCGGGACCUCACAAGGCUGAUAGAGCAGAUCUCAGGAAGUCUUGAAUAUAAGGACGAAUACGAGCAGCUAAAAGUGCAGGCUGAAGAGGCUCUAGAGAAUCAGAACUUUGCGCUUCAUCGCAGGCGCGGUAUCAAUUCAGAAAUCAAGCAAUAUACUGAGCAGAAGAACGAAGCGGACAAUUACGCUAAGAAAGCCGACGAAAGGGAUCAAGCGAUCGUGACCCAUAUCUUGUGGAAAUUGUACCAUUUCCAAAAAGUCAUCGAGGAGUCGGGGGCUGAAAUCCAGCGGCAUCAAGACGAGCUCAAGGAGCAAAGACGUGGCAUUGAGAAAUAUGAUAAAGCUCUUGAGGAAGCCAAACGAGAUCAAGCGAAAGUUGGGCGUGAAGUGUCCAAGAUUGAGAAAAAUAUGAAGCAGAAAGAAAAGGACAUUGACGUAAAAGAGAAUGGCCUCGUUCCAAUAGCAGAGAAGAUUGAUCACACCUCAAAGAAGCAGAAGAAUAGCAAGGCACGAGUCGCUGAUAUUACUAAGCAAAGAGACAUACACUCAGGCGGAGUAAAGCAGCUGACAAAAGAUCUCAAAGUGGUUGAAAAGGCCCAAUCACAGUGGGAAUCGGAAUUUCAAAAGAAAGCUGAACAGGAAGGCCGAGAAUUAAGCCAGGCAGAUAUUCAACAAUACCACAAGUUGAAAGAAGAGGUCAACAAGCGCUCAUCAGAAGACCAAAUUCAUGUGGACAGUCUUGAGCGCCAGAAGAAGGCUGACCAGGAGACCGUCACAAAUCUUCAAAGCAAAGUCGAUCAAUUCGACUACCAAACUCAGAGGCUCAACGAAGAGCUUAAGGGGGUCAAUGAAAGCAUCGGAGACGCUAAUAGUCAGCUUAAACAGACCAACAAAGAUGUCGUUGCGAAGAAAAAGAUUUAUAAUGAACGCACUUCCGAGCGUUUACGAACAGCGCAAUUGAGGACCGAAAAGGAUGAAAAGCUUCAAGAAGUCCUCCGAAAGCUGCUCGAGGCUGAAGACGGAAGACAGCAAUCUGAAAAAGAACUUCGCUUGAAAGCUACCGUCGCAGACCUGAAGCGCGUUUUCCCCGGCGUACGGGGGCGUGUCAGUGAGCUGUGCAAGCCCAUCGAAAAAAGGUAUCAAACAGCGGUGAGCACGAUACUAGGUCGUCAUUUUGAUACGGUUAUUGUCGAGAAUGAGAAGACUGCUAUUGAUUGCGUGCAAUAUAUGCGUGAGCAGCGGCGAGGACAAGGAACUUUUGUUCCGCUGGACACCAUCCAGUUUACCGCAAUCACUUCGAAUAUAAAAGGUCAGCACCGCGGAUGCCGCAUGGCUCUAGAUACGAUUAACUAUGACCGGACCCUGGAACGAGCCUUCUCUUACGUCUGUGGUAAUGCAGUCGUAUGCGACAAUGUGGGAAUAGCCAAAGAUAUUGUGUGGGGAAAACGCAAUGACGUGAAGGCUGUUACCCUUGAUGGAACAGUUAUACAUAAGGGUGGCAAUAUGACAGGAGGUCAAAGUGACAAACAAGAUUCGCGUCGGUUUGACGAUGCUGAGGUUGACAAUCUGCGCAAGCUUCAGGAACGGCUUGUCUCCGAGUUGCAAGCUCUGCCUGACACCAGGCGAAGCGCAGCCGACGAUGAAAACUUGCAAGGCGAACUGACUGGCCUAGAGCAAAAAGUGGCAUACCUCAACGAAGAGCUCAAAUCACACGAGCGUAACAAGAGCAGCAAGCAGAAGGAGCUUUCACAUAUAAAACAAGAAUUGGCGACUGUGAGACCAAAGCAUGAUGGCAAACUCCGAGAAUUUCAUGAGCUUGAGAGUUCUCUAGCAGAGCACCAAGAAGCGGUGAGUGGAGUGCAGGAUCAAGUAUUCCGAGACUUCUGUCGCCGGCUUGGCUUCAGCAACAUACGGGUGUAUGAAGCACAGCAGGGCACGUUGCAACAGGAGGGUGCUCAAAAGAACUUAGAAUUCAGCACACAGAAGAGCCGUCUUCAGAGUAGAAUCACCUACGAACAGCAGCAGUUGCAGGAAACUCAAAAUCGUAUCAAGGGACUCGAAGAUCGGGCGCGCAAAGAUGAAUCACUCAUUCUGGAGUUGCAGGCCGAGCAGGAGUCUUCCCAAAAUGAGCUUGACUCCCUCAUGGUUGAGCUUGACCAACUGAACGAGCAGCUAGAAAAGGUGAAGACAAACCAUGAUCAGGAGGCCGAGAAAGUAGCAGAACAACGGCGAGAAGUCCAGAAAAGAAGCAAAGGCGUUGAGAACACCGUCAAGACUAUUUCCGGGUUAGAGGCGGAUCGUCAGCUCAAGGCCUCGGGCCGGUACACCUUGCUCAGACGAUGUAAACUUGAAAAUGUACGGGUACCUCUAGAGGAAGAAUCGAACAGUCUUGAUGACUUGCCACUUGACACGCUGCAAACUGAUGCUGAUGCGAUGGACGUCGACGAGGAUCAAGAUAACACAGCUUUACAGCCUUCGGAAGUCCAGGAUUAUGGCAUAGAGAUUGACUUUGAUGAUUUGGACGAAGACCUACGCGAGAACGAUGGUGAUAAAGCCGAAAGCGAGCUUCAAGAUCGCAUCAAAACCCUCAAUACAGAACUUGACACAAUGGCACCAAACAUGCGUGCUGUAGAACGUUUAGGGACGGUCCAAGAUCGUCUUAAGUCAACAGAUAAAGACUUCGAGGACGCGCGUAAGCGAGCAAAGAGGGCGAAGGAUGAUUUCCAAGCUGUCAAGGAACAGCGCUUCGAAUUAUUCAGCAAAGCUUUCUCUCACAUUUCCGAACAGAUAGGACCGAUUUACAAGAACCUCACGAGGGAUGCUUCCCUGCCGAUGGGGGGUCAAGCAUAUCUUGAUAUGGAAGACGGCGACGAGCCAUACCUCGACGGGAUUAGAUAUAAUGCUAUGCCACCGCUUAAGCGUUUCCGUGACAUGGAGCACCUGUCUGGUGGAGAGAAGACUAUGGCAGCCCUGGCGCUUCUCUUCGCAAUUCACUCCUACCAACCAUCCCCCUUCUUUGUUCUUGAUGAGGUUGACGCUGCCCUUGACAAUGCUAAUGUGGCCAAGAUUGCAAGCUACAUCCGAGACCACGCAGGUCCGGGUAUGCAGUUUGUCGUCAUUAGCCUGAAGACUGGAUUAUUUCAUAAUAGCGAGGCGCUGGUGGGUAUAUAUCGAGAUCAGGGGGCGAAUUCGAGUAAAGCGCUGACGCUGGAUUUGCGCAAAUAUCAUUCGUCGUUGCUGCCCUGCGAAGGUUUCACGACGGAUCUGGAAAUGUAUUACUAUGGUAACGCAGGGUAG